UCAUCCACCAUCUUCACUCAUAUCAUGUCUCUGAAGUCAGCAAAAGAGGUAUGGGAUUAUUUCAAGACUGAAUAUGAAGGAGAUGAAAAAGUUCGAGGAAUGCAAGUGCUGAAUUUGGUGCGUGAAUUUGAGUUGCAAAGGAUGAAAGACAGUGAAACCAUAAAGGAAUAUUCUGACAGACUUCUUAACAUAGCAAAUCGUGUCAGAUUGUUGGGUUCCACUUUAAACGAUUCAAGGAUCGUUGAGAAAAUCCUUGUAACGGUGCCUGGAAGAUUUGAGGCUACCAUUACAACCUUAGAAAAAACUAAGGACUUGUCCAAAAUCACACUAGCAGAGCUCUUGAGUGCUUUUCAAGCACAAGAGCAACGACGUGUUAUGAGACAAGAAGGAGCUGUGGAAGGAGCCUUACCAGUGAAGCAUCAAGACUGUAGAAGAAACCAGAAGAAGCAGAACAAAAAGAUCCAAGGAGAAAACAAUGAGAAUGUUGGAAACAACAACAAAAUCAAGACUGGAAGCAAGAAGACAAACUUUCCGCCUUGUCAACAUUGUGGUAAAAAAGGUCACCCUCCUUUCAAAUGUUGGAGGAGACCUGAUGCAAAGUGCAGCAAGUGCAAUCAGCAGGGUCACGAAGCUGUAAUUUGCAAAAGCAAAAUUCAGUAACAUGAAGUAGAAGCUCAAGUUGUUG